UAUCCAGUGUUAUCGACGCGGAGACGGUAGACUUCGAAGAGAAUUCACGUCGACCUUCAUCAUCCAAGUCAUCAGUCCACAGUCGAUCGAGAGCUAGUGCUAACUCCAAGCGCUCGUCAUCCUACAAUUCCGUUCUGGAGGCAGCUGCCAGAGCCAGAGCUUCGGCUGAAGCAGCGGCAACCAAGGUAGCCUAUUCAAGGAAGCAGUUGGAAAUUAAAAGGCAACGAGCUAGGCUAGACAUGGAUUUAGAAGAAUUAGAAAUUGAAAAGGAAGCAGAAGUGGCACGGGUGAGAGCAGAAGUAUUGGAAGCAGCUGCAGCUAUAGAAAAUGAAGAUGUGCUCAGCAUAAAAAGUCAUUUGCCAGCGCACGUGGCUCAAAAACGCACUGAAGAUUAUGUGCAAAGCCAAACACAGCUCAACGCGCAGUCCCUUGUAGCCUACAGUGGAGUCUGGCGCCACAAACCCACACAUAGUCCACUACCUGCGGCAGCUGAGGAGAGGUCCUCACACAACGUCUGCAGACCAUCAGUGAACGAGGAACAUGAGGAAAAGGAGCAGUUCCAAGAGGCAAUCAACACGCCGUAUUAUGGCCCCCCAUUUCAUGGUGCAGUCAGACCUUGUGAGUACAGCCUCCUGCGACAGUCAUCACCCAUACCUACGACACCACCACGCAUGGAUUACUUCAGGCCUUUGCGUGAUAACUUCAGGCCUCUUCAGAGUGACAUCGGAACCCCGACUCAGCCUUCACAUGCAGCAAGGCACACAUCUGCCCCAAAGCCACCUGACAGUCCACAUAUGCAACAAGGUCAGUAUUCUCCUCCUCAUGCCAGCCCUCCACACAUGAUAGACUUUGCCAAGUUUCUUGCUCGCAGAGAAUUAGUGACUACUGGCCUCACAAAAUUUGAUGACAUGCCAGAGAAUUUUAGGGCAUGGCAGUCCUCAUUCCUAAAUGCAACACAAGGCUUAGGUUUAUCAUACAGUGAGGAGGUGGACCUCUUGGUGAAGUGGCUCGGUAAAGACUCGUCUGAACAUGUAAAGAGGAUCCGUGCUGUUUAUGUCACCAAGCCCAAAGCUGCUCUACAACUGUCCUGGGAUAGACUGCAUGAAUGCUAUGGCGCACCAGAAAUAAUUGAAAAUGCCCUGUUCAAAAGAGUGGACGAUUUUCCCCAUCUCUCUGCUAGAGACAACACGAAGCUAAGAUUGCUCAGUGAUCUCCUCAUGGAGCUAUUAGCAGCCAAAAACGAUGGAUAUCUUCCUGGCCUUGCAUACCUCGACACGCCUCGUGGCAUAAAGCCUAUCGUGGAGAAGUUACCUUCAGGCCUGCAGGAGAAAUGGCUCGGUGUAGGCUCAAAGUACAAGGAGCGCUACAGGACAUCUUUCCCUCCCUUUUCGUUUUUUGUGGACUUUGUGUAUGGCCAAGCCAAGACUCGAAAUGACCCAAACUUCAGCCUCUCCAUCAGUAGCCAGCCGUACGGCAAAGGAAAGAUCUCAUUGCUGUCACUGCGGACAUCCAGCAGAUGUUUUAUGGAUUCCUGGUGAGGCAUGAGCACAGAGAUUACCUCAGAUUUCUGUGGCACAAAGACAAUGACCUGUCUAAAGAGGUUCAAGAGUACCGCAUGCGGGUACA